UUGGACUUUACUAUAUCGUAUCUGCAUGGAAGCGAAUGGUUUCGUGUCCAGGCGGGUGGACACACCAAGCGUCGAUGCCGGGGUUGCUGCUGGAGCUGCAGGGGCAGACAUUCGAUGGCUCGGCGGGAGGAUUUUGGAUGCUACGGAGGGGUUUGUUGGUGGUCUGUCACCGCCACGGAUAACAGCGGAACCGGACUUUACUGCGGUGUUGCAACUCCGAGCAGCCCCAGAGCCCACGGUGGCUGCUACGGAGACCGAAAUAGACUACGAGGGGCUCCCCCAGGGUGUAGCCACCAGUACACACAUGUUAGCCGGCGCCGUGGCUGGCAUCAUGGAACACUGCCUAAUGUAUCCCAUCGACUGUGUUAAGACGCGGAUGCAGAGCCUGCAGCCCGAGCCGGGGGCGCGUUACCGUAACGUGAUGGACGCGCUACGUCAGAUCGUGCGUACCGAGGGGGUGUGGCGACCUGUGAGGGGGCUGAACGUCAUGGCGAUAGGGGCGGGGCCAGCCCAUGCUCUGUACUUUGCCUGUUAUGAGAAACUCAAGUUCUCACUCAGCAACGUGGUCCACCCGGGAGCUAACAGCCACUUUGCUAAUGGAAUGGCAGGCUGCAUGGCCACUGUACUCCAUGAUGCAAUCAUGAACCCAGCAGAAGGUAAAACUGUGUGUGUGUGUGCGUACUGUGUGUGUGCGUACUGUGUGUGUGCGUACUGUGUGUGUGCGUACUGUGUGUGUGCGUACUGU